UUAUUGUUAGGAGCCUGUAUGUGUUUCAGAAGAUGAUUCCUCCUGGAGACUGUCUGUACGCUGGGAGGAAGAGGAGGAAACCCGUCCAGAAACACAGAAAACCAGCAGCAGUGACGGAGAAAUCGAACCCGUCGAAGCGGCACCGUGAGCGUCUGAACGCUGAGCUGGAGCGACUGGCCGGACUGCUGCCCUUCUCCCCAGAGAUCAUCUCCAAACUGGACAAACUGUCCGUCCUGCGUCUGAGCGUCAGCUACCUGCGGGUCAAGAGCUUCUUCAGCGCUGUUCAGGAAAACCCUCGUGAGAAACACGCGAACGGGAAAGGGUGCGACACGACGGCCAGCAGUGCCCCUGAGAGCCAGCUGCUGCUAGAGUCUUUAGCAGGUUUUGCGCUGGUGGUCAGCAGUGAUGGGAUGGUCUUCUACGCCUCCUCCACCAUAGUGGACUACCUGGGCUUCCACCAGACGGAUGUGAUGCAUCAAAACGUGUUCGACUACAUUCAUGUGGACGACCGGCAGGAGUUCAGACGGCAGCUGCACUGGGCCAUGAACCCUUCGGCUCAAAGCGGCUCGGGUGAAGAUUUCGUGUUCAGCAGUUUGUUCCAGUCUGACGUUCCUCCAGAGUUCUGCUGCUUCCUGAAGCGCUGCUUCAUCCUGCGCGUGCGCUGCUUACUGGACAGCACCUCCGGAUUCCUGACGAUGCAGUUUCAGGGAAGACUGAAGCUCCUUCACGGUCAGAGGAAGAAGACGUCGUCCGGAGCGCUUCUGCCUCCUCAGCUGGCUCUGUUCUGCGUCGCUGUGCCUCUGCUCCUGCCCUCCAUCGCUGAGAUGAAGAUGAAGAGCGGCGUGAUGAAGGGCAAACACAGGAACCCCGGCCUUCUCACCUCGUUAGAUCACAAUGACAGAGACGAUGCUUUCAGACAUGCCUCGCUCCUGAGCAAAGACAGCGUCAAGUACAAGAGCGAAGGGCCCUACAGCCCCGACGAGCCUCUGGACUUCUGCAAGACGAGCGGGCAGAAGUUCACAAACCUGGACUGUGGCGUCUGGCCCUCGAGAAGCUCCUCGGUCCUCGGCAAACACUACACUAAACCAUAUCGAUCGGCCCCGGGAUGUUACAGCUCCAGAGCCGAGGCCUUCAUCCCCAAGCCCUUCGGCAGUGACUGUGGCGUCAAGAGCGAGGGCUUCUGCUUCGACGGAUACGAGGCUCAGGCGGUGCUGGAGCCGGCGGUGAAGGUGGAGCAGGACUCGGACUCGGAGAACGGUUCGUGGACGCAGAUGAAAGCAGAGGCUGGAUUCGGAGAGCAGUACUCUUCCUGUCAGCGUCUGAAGGGAGCGCCGUACACCGGACAGUAUUACGGCUCCACCCGAGCGCUCAAGUGUGUCCUGAACCGAGACGCCGCGGCUGCCAGCGCAUACAACACACACUGCAGCGACGCCUACGCUGACUACAAAGGGUACGUGCAGCACGACUAUAAAGCGGGUUACGAGUUCAAAGGUCACGGGCUGCUCCACUGCAUCAAACAGGAGCCUGUCGACGCUCCGCUGUGGCACGACGACACGAACUGCUCCAUGAGCGCCGCUCACAAGAUCAACCCCUACGUCUUCAUGCAGUAGCUUCACUCUCAUUCUGUCAUCAUUCAUUUCAAAACUGGAAAUUCAUGCGGUGUGUUUCAAACCCACAAUCAUCCUAUUGUUCAUACGCACUCACACA